AUGUCGAUUUUCGCGUCUUCUGCCGACGGAGCUCAUCGGCAGCGCGAGUCUCCCGAUACCGGGAAUCUGUCAGGCACCGAUGCAACCGCCGCUAGCAGCGCACACAAGCCUCAACAAAAGGCCCGGCGCCGAAACCGGGCGAUCCACUCAUGCCUUGAGUGCCGUCGGAGGAAGAUGAAAUGUGAUAGGGAAAAUCCCUGUCAAAACUGUCGCGCAUCGCAAGAACAAUGCAUCUACGUCACUUCUGUAAACGCAGAUACCCAGUUUCGUCAAAGAUUGACUGAGAUGAAAGAGGCCAAAGAUGCAAUCGAUAACACUCUUAGAGGAGAUCAACCAGAAUCCGCAAAAGGUGGCCCACGGCGAAAGCGAACAAGAAAUCCCGAAGAGCCCAUGAGCGAUGAUUCGGAAACUUCCGCCAAUGACGGAGAUUUGGAGCCGACACCGCUAGCAGUUCAAGACGCAGCCUACGCGGACGAAGCUGAUGAUGAUGUUGAAGAUCUAGGCUUCAGGAUUGGCAGAAUGAGGAUGGGAGAGAGGAUCGGAGGCUACUACCGUCCAAGGAUUGCAGACGAGAUCUUGCUUUCCCUUCAACAGAAUCCCAGAGGGUCUUCCCCCUCAAUACCGUCACCGAGCCCCCCCGGUAUAACAGAGGACUUUUUGCGACCAGGACCGUAUUUCAUGAUGCCUUCUAUCAAUUUGUUGUUUACUCAGGCUUCUUCGGGAGAUGCUUUGACUCGGUAUCUCCCCCCUCGCAGUGCUGCAGACAAAUUGAUGGAAUGCUAUUGGGAUGCGGUUCAUCCAGUGUCCCGAGUUGUCCACCGACCUUCAUUCGUUCAACGAUACGAAACUCUGUGGGAGACAAUAGAGAAUGGGUAUCCGGUGCCCCCAUCGCUUGCAGCAAUUGUUUACUCCAUUCUAUUCUCUGCUUCAGUUGCGAUGUCCGAAGAACAGAUUUCAGAGCUUUUCCAAACUUCCAAGCAAUAUUUGAAGGAUAGCUUGCAACUGGGUACUGAGCUAGCUCUCGGUCGAGCUCAGCUGCUUAGAGCGAGCAAGAUUGAGACUUUACAGGCAUUCGUUGCAUACUUGCUUUCAAUGUGUCUCAACGAGAUAUCUCGCGCUCACUCUGUUUUGACGGGUAUGCUGAUUCGACUGGCCGAGUGCAUGGGGCUUCACCGUGAUCCUACUGAGUUUGGAUUUUCUCCCACCGAAUGCCAUACUCGACGCUUAGUUUGGUAUCAAGUCUGCUAUCUUGAUCUCAAGACAAGCGCGAUCCAUGGCCCCCGCCCAUUCAUUCACAGAGACGGAUAUACGACUCAACUUCCUCUGGACGUAACUUCAUUGCAAACAUCCACGAAUAAACCACAAGCUUGGAACGACAUAAUAUUUUCCAUGAUUCGAUUUGAAUGCCAGGAAAUGACUCGGCAAAACAUAGCAUUGCGCAAUAGACUCGACCAAAAGAAGCUCAGCCUAACCAAAGUCUUAUCCAAGAUAGAGGCUUUCUGCAUUGGGAUGAAUGCCAAAUACGGCCCUUAUUUCAAUGUAGCGUCUCCAAGUCCAAUGCAGAAAAUGGCCAGUCUAGUGCUCAAGCUUCUUACAAGCCUCUUAUACAUCAAUAUCCUGAAUCGAUACGUGACCAACAUCGCAUAUCAGAUUCCAGACAGGUUGCGCCAAAUAGUGCUGACCAAAGGCACCGACGUUUUGGAAGCCGCGGUGGAGUUAGAAUCAGCAAAAGAUCUUCAGAAAUGGGCGUGGUACAGUUCUUCUUGGCAGGAAUAUCAUACUGCAUUUCUCUUGCUUCACGAGAUUUUCCUUUUUCCGAUGCGCAGAGAAUCAAGCCGCAUAUGGUGUUGUCUGGAUUUUAUUUUUGCGGAUGCUAUCUCGACUCUCCCUCCACUGGAACAAAAAGGAGCGGCGCAGAGCAUUCAAGAAAUCGUUGCACAGCGAGACAUGAAAGCGAGAUAUUUGCUGAUGAUGAUUCUCGAGCACAUGCAUGCUUAUCAAAAAACGAAAGGAAUAAAGACACCAGUCCGGUUCAAAGACUCGAUGAUUGUCGUUCCGCCCCAAAAGGAUGGUGAUGAUUCCGAUCCUAGGAUGCCACUCAAUUAUGCACAUGGGGAACCAAAGGCAGAAUGCAAUGCUCGAUAUGCUUCAAUACCUCCAAGCGGUGUCAUGUCUGGCUAUGCCGAAGUACAGUCACGAAUAUCCCAGCCAGCCACAGGAAUGCCACUAGAAAGUGGAACUGGACCUGUCAAUGAGCACUUGAAUACUCCCAGCAACACUAAUAGUACUUGGGGGACUACUGUAGGAGGAUUCUCUCCUUUUGGAGAUCCAUUACUUGACAAUCCGAUGCUUCAGUCAGGUCACAACAACUCCUCAACGAACGCAACAGGGAGCUCGUCGGCAGGGCAUGGCGAAAUGAAUGGACAGCCGGAUUACAUAGAUUCACAGAUGCUAGAGAUCGACUGGAACCUUUGGAAUACCAUAUUCCCACCACAAAUCAACGAUGGCAACCUGGACAUCCCCGAGGAUGGUUUGUGGAGUAUAUAG